GUCCCGGGAAGUCGGAGGCGCUCCAGGUUUCAGUGUGUGCGGUAGCCCGGUGCGGCUGCGACACGCCGCGCAGCCUUUACUUAAAAAUAGGUAUUGUGCGGGUCAUUGAUACACUAUUUACUGUGUUAUUUGGCUGCGUUUUAAAACUUUAGUUUUUCGUCUAUGCGGAGAUUUCUCUCUUUUGUUUUUUUCUGCUGAACUAUUGUGAACUAUUCGCUGUUACAGUGACUCCGUGACUGUUUUUUCCCCCCUGAUAUGGAAACUUUACAUUGGAAUGGAGUUCGAUCAAACCUGGACAGAGACUGACUACGGGCGAAGAAGUUUUUAUAGAGACGCGCGGCGUUUAAAAGUCACUCUCGGUAUCACGCCCGGUUACUUUCGGUACUGAGCGAAGACGGAGCUCUUUGUUGGGCUUGGAGGUUAGGUUAGGUGUCUCUCAGAUCCACCCCGAUGACCCUAGGCAGCCUGGUCGUGGCCGCCGGCUCGGAAGCUGGUCGCUUCUGCGCUUGCUGCGGUGCCAAGAUGACGCCGUACUUCGCCGAAAACGCCAUGGCCGUCCAGAGCAACAUCAGCCCGCUAAUCAGUGAGAGCUUCCUGACUGUGAAGGGUGCUGCCCUCUUCCUGCCCCGUGGGAAUGGCCCCUCCCCUUCCUCCACCCCCCACUCUGGCCAGCAACGCAGCAAGCAUGCAGGUGACCUCCAGCAGCACCUGCAGACCAUGUUCAUGCUGCUCCGUCCAGAGGACACCAUCCGUUUGGCGGUGCGUCUGGAGAGCGCCCGAACCCAGUGCACGCGUUACAUGGUGGUGGUGACCACCAACGGCCGCCAGGAUACGGAGGAGAGCACGGUGCUCGGUAUAGAUUUCAGCUCUUCUGACAGCACAUGUACUGUAGGUCUGGUGUUGCCCCUCUGGAGUGAUACUCUCAUCCACCUGGAUGGCGAUGGAGGCUUCAGUGUGUCUACAGUCAGCAGGGUACAUGUCUUCAAACCUGUAUCUGUGCAGGCCAUGUGGUCCGCCCUGCAGUCCCUCCACAAGGCCUGUGAGGUGGCCCGGUGCCACAACUACUACCCGGGCAGCCUGUUCCUCACCUGGGUCAGCUACUACCAGAGCCGCGUGGCUUCAGACCAGGCCUGCAUCAACGAGUGGAACGCCAUGCAGGAUCUGCAGUCGCACCGUGCUGACUCGCCUGUGCUCUUCAAUGACGUGCCAACAGAGCGUGAGCGGACGGAGAGGCUGAUCAAGACACGACUCAGAGAGAUCAUGAUGCAGAAAGACCUGGAGAACAUCACCUCCAAAGAGAUCCGAACGGAGUUGGAGAUGCAGAUGGUGUGUAACCUACGGGAGUUUAAAGAGUUCAUUGACAACGAGAUGAUCGUCAUCCUGGGCCAGAUGGACAGCCCCACGGAGAUCUUCGAGCAUGUCUUCCUGGGCUCAGAGUGGAAUGCAUCGAACUUGGAGGAGCUUCAGAGCAGCGGGGUGCAGUUCAUCUUGAACGUGACACGUGAGAUCGACAACUUCUUCCCCGGCCUGUUUGAGUACCACAACAUCCGUGUGUACGACGAGGAGGCCACUGACCUCUUAGCCUACUGGAACGAUACCUACAAGUUCAUCUCCAAAGCCAAGAAAGCAGGAGCCAAGUGCCUGGUGCACUGUAAGAUGGGCGUCAGCCGCUCGGCCUCCACGGUGAUCGCCUACGCCAUGAAGGAGUACGGCUGGGACCUGGAGCGCGCCUUCCGCCACGUCAAGGAGCGCCGAUCCGUGGCCAAGCCCAACCCCUCCUUUAUGCGGCAGCUGGAGGAGUACCAGGGUAUCCUACUGGCCAGCAAGCAGAGACACAAUAAGCUGUGGCGUUCACACUCGGACAGCGACCUCUCUGAGCGCCGGGAGUCCCCCUGCAAGAUCCCCCACACGCUCGGCCGCUCGGACCCACAUAACCACCCCAGCAAUGGCCCCCCCUCGCUGCAACGCUUCUUAGAUACCAUGGACGCCCUGGCCGCCCCGGGUACUGCACACAGGGCUGAACCGCCAGCGCUUGACUGCCCGCUCUCGUCACUGCCCCAGCCGCAGGCGGCCACGGUGGUGCCCGAUGAAGCGCUGGACCGUGCAGCAGUGAACGUAGCCAAGUCGGUAUUUGUUGGGCGUCCCCACCCGCCCCCGGCCCUGCAUCUCCUGUCCCCCAACACAGCAGCACCCCUGGAUGUACCCGAGUUGCAAGCAGUGAGUGAGGAUGCAUCUGAGCUGCCUACUGCAGUGCCUGAGCAAAAAUGCACAUCUAGCUAUGAGCCGGGUGUGUCCGAGUCCCUGUGUCAGAGUGUAGGAUGUGCUGCCCAAGUGCCUGAAGGAGACACUCCAGGGGCCUCUAUUGCAAACAGAUCCCUGCUGGGUACUGAAAAUAACCCCGAAGAGAAUGAUCAGGGUGGGAUCCCAGCCCCUGCUGCCAAAAAGCUCCCCCCGCAAGACCCCACUUCUCCCUCAGGGACUGACAGCAUCGACUUCUUCAGUGCCCGCAAGAAAUUUGUGGGCCUUUCUCAGGGCUCUUCAGUACGCUCCUUUUCGGAGCAGGCACCUCCUCAGACGCCUCACCUCAGUGACCAUGUUCCCCAGCCACAGCUGCUACACCCCGAGGAACCAGCUGUCAUACUUGUCUCUGCUGUGUUGCAGGACGAGGACAAGGUUUUCUCUCCAGCCGUUGAAAGCAGCGAUGGUGCCGCCAUGUGGCAACUGGAAAACGGUCACAUGCUCACUGGCAGUGAGGUGGCCCCCACCGUUGACCAAUCAGGACCCGAGGAGGACGAAGAUGCCGAAUCGUGGCCUGAAUCACCUGGCCUAACCCCUCCCCUGAUAUGCCGGCUGUCCCCUGACCAUAACCGUGACCCCGCCCCUGACAGUGCCCUGUGCCCCCCCCUAAUCCCCCUGCUGGAGAGCACUUCCCCUGAGCUUGGCACUGGGUGUGCUGUAGUGGAAGCCUUAACUGCAUUGGAGGGGGAAGAAGAGGGAGAAGCCAGGUUGAUGGGGGAGGAGCCGAGUGAGGAGCUGCUUACCCAUGAGCCUUUGCUGACCAUGUACCGGUACACAGGGGACUUUGAUCCCUCACCCCUGAUUGGCUGCUCAUCUGAGAGCCAUAGCCCUGCACUCAGCUGCCCCUCCUACAAGGAGGUGCUGCAGCUCGAGGGGGUGACGGAGACUGAGACGGACACAGACGGCCCCCCCUGCAUGGCGGCGGAGCUGCAGAACACCUGGGAGACCUUGCGGGAGUUGCGGACAUACCUGUGUGAGGCGGGGGGGGAGGCGGAGCUGGGGCAGGAGUGGGCGCAGGCGCAAGGGGAUGAAGGGGGGGUGGCCCAGCAAACCUCCCCCUCCCUCAUGAAGCGUUCCGCAUCUCUGGCCAAGCUGGGCUGCCUGCAGCUCUCAUCCAAUCACCUUGCAGACUGGAGCCCCUCCCUCGCGGAGUCGCGCAAGUCAAAAUGCCUAUCUGCCUCUGACCCCCAGCUGCACCACCCUCGCAAAGACACAACUAAGAAGCUUUGCGUGUCUCCCCAGAGCCCCCACUGCCAAUCCCAUGAUGCCACUCUACCUGUGAAUUUCAGUACGACUGGGGGCUCUGGACACUGUGGUGAUCGCUCCUGCUCACCACAGCAGGCCACACCCCUGUCACAGCAGGCCACACCCCUGUCACAGCAGGCCACACCCCCCCGACUCACUGCAGCAACAUGGCCACAGUAUAAAAUGAUGCACUCCUUGAAGAAGCUGCAGAAGUCAAGCGAAAAGAAACGGACACCCAAUUUUCUCUACAACACCAUGUGACACAGGCUGGGUGGGGUCUGGGUGUGUGCAUGGUGAGGUUGGGGGAGGGGCAUCCUGAGGGGUGUGUCCUUUGGGGUGAGCAGCCUCCAGUCCAUAUGAAGUGAAUGAGGAGUUGAACCCAGACCUCCGGGUCAGCUGGUUGAGGAGGGGGAGAUGGCUGACCAAUCCGGUGCCUGCAAUCACUACUGGACUCUGUUUACAAAAACCACGUGUCUCAUUUGGUUUGGAUGUCUGUGUGUCUGUCUGUGUGGGUAGGUUGGUGUUUGUAUAGAUCUGCAUGGAUGGUAGUUGGUACAUAUUCUAGCUUUGGAUUUGUAAAUGACAGUCAGGAGAGGUUUGUCUUGGACGCACUUUACUCUUGGUAUUUGAAUGUGUACCUUUUUGAAUACAAUUUCCUAGGGAGUGUGUUUGCUAUGUGUGGAUGUCAGCAGCUGUUGUACAGCUGACGGCGGUGAGGGAUUCUGCCUUCACUGUUAAAUCUUAAAAUAUAAUAUUGUGCCGGCCGACUGUACCGCACAUCACAACAAUGUCUUUUUUUUAUUCUGUUUUUUAGCUGUGAGCAUUAAAGAGAAAAUUUUAAAUGAG